UGCAGAAAAAAAAAGUAGUGACUCAGGAAUUUUUCACCCUCGCACAAGUGUCUGAUGUCACAUUGUUUUACUAUCCAUUUGGUUCUUAUUUUUUCAUUGCUCCUCUGUUUCACGUGUGAGUGUUAACCAGGCAUCAACUGAUACACAUUGCUGUGUCCAAUCAGUGAUUCCCGCUUCCAUAUACGACACGGUAUAGGGCUCAAGCGCGUCAAUGUUGACGGAGAUAUUAGUAUAUUUUGGAGCUUCAUAAGCUAUAGCUUCAUUUUCCAGUGUUUUAGUCACAUCCCAGCACCUUUCACAGUUGAAAGUGAACGCGCGAUCGUGAAAAUUUGUGCCGGACAUUCACAAUGGCAUCACAUCCCAGUGACCAUAUCAGAGACAUGCCACUUCAUCCGAGCAAAUGGACGACUUUUGGCGACUGGGAUGACUUCUUGACAUGGUGUGAUUCUACCUUGGGCAGCCGAUUGGUGAUUAAGUACACAUGCACUUUCUUAGCGCUUGUGAUCUCAUACAUCAUGUGGUGCUACUUUCGACGUCCCAUCAACUGGACACGAAAUUUAAUAGACAUCGGAUACAAACACUUGACUGACAACCAAUCCUCCAGUCAUGCUAAACGGGACAUUAUCAACAGUCACCGAAGGAUGCGAAGGAUGGGCGUUAAAUUGCCACCACCAUUUCCCAAUGGAUGGUUCUGUGUGGCCGAAUCUGACGAUGUCCCUCCGGGAAAGUCCAUAAGUGUGAGUUGCUUGGGAAACACAUUUGCUGUGUUCCGAAGUCAAGAGACCAAAGAAGUCUUCAUUCUCGAUGCAUAUUGCCCUCACUUGGGCGCGAAUCUCGGUGUGGGCGGAAUGGUCAUUAAGGACUGUAUCGAAUGCCCAUUCCAUCAUUGGAAAUUUCGUGGAACUGAUGGACAAUGCGUGGAUAUUCCCUACAGUUGCAAGGAUACAAUUCCUAAAACAGCCAAAGUCAAGAGUUGGACAUCUUUUGAGAUGAACGGAUUCAUCUAUAUCUGGCAUCACAGUGACAAUCUUUCACCCUGGGAUCUGCCCCGAGUCCAAGAAAUAGACUCUGGAAAAUGGAUCUACUACGGACGCAAUGAAUUUUAUAUCAAUUGCCACAUUCAGGAUAUCCCUGAAAAUGGGGCUGAUGUGUCCCAUUUGAGCGCUAUACACGAGGCCGGAAUGUUUGCUGGGAGUGAUUUACGUUCAGCCAGAUUGUCUAAAUGGGCAUCGUUGGGAUUGCACGCUUGGGAUGCCAAAUGGCAAGCAAUGACUGAGGAAGGACAGCAUCAUAUUGCUGUUAUGAGUCUUAAACAUUCCUUCAAGCUCUUCAAUAAGAUGGACAUUGUUAAAGUAGAUAUCACAGCCAGACAGAUCGGACCUGGCUAUGUUCAAUUGUAUUUGGUAUCGUCUUUUGGCGUAAUGAUGGCCCUUCAGUGUGUAACCCCAGUCUCACCAUUUGUCCAGAAAGUCAUUCAUCGCUUCUACGGACCAGAUAAUUUACUCUUUGCAAAAUUUGUUGUAUGGGGUGAAACAAUUAUGUUUGAACGAGACAUUAUGGUAUGGAACAGUAAGCAGUACAUUGACAAUCCAUGCCUUGUUAAAGAGGACAAGCAGAUUAAAUCAUUCCGCAACUGGUACAAGCAGUUUUAUUCAGAGACUAGCCCUGGAUAUAGCAACUUUAACACUGGACUCGAUUGGUAAAUGGCUCUUACCAAAACUCUUUCUAAAAUGCAUCACACACUUAUUCAAUCCAGUUUUCGGCUCUGGGGACCUUUAUCACUUUUUUUUUAUUAGUAUUUUGAAAAAUAAUAUUAGUAUUUGUAGAAUCCUUAUGACAAUAAAAUUAUGAAACGAAAGUAAUUUUAGUAACUCCAAUUUAA